AUGAGUACUUCUGAGAGUAACAGAAUUACAGUUAAAAAGGCUGAGUUGUCAGAUGUAAGGAUAUCACCUGCUGCAUCCGUUAUCAAUGCGACAGAGAAUACAACUGUUGAAGAUAUCAGAUGUACAGCUAUGUGUUGGCCAGACUGUACUUUUAUAUGGACUGGGCUAAACGGGUUUAUAAGCUAUGGGGAUAAAUUAAGACUGAGCAACAUCCAAAAGAGUAGUUCAGGAUUAUACCGAUGCCGAGCAACAAAUGUUGUAGGAACAAGUUACAGUAGUUUCAUUGACAUUAAUGUUCAACAUAGUCCGGAUAAGAUAUCACUUUCACCAUCAAUUACAAAUUACACAAAGACAGAGGAUGAUUCCAUUAGCGUCGAGUGUUCAGCUGUAUGUGAACCGGCGUGUGAUUUUGAGUGGACCUACCCAAAUGAAACAAAAUACCAAGUUAGCACGUUACAAAUCGGAUCAUUAAAACGGACUGAUAAUGGAACUUAUACAUGCAGAGCAUACAAUAUGCUCGGAUAUAAAGAAUCAGCUUUUGUGGUAACGAUAAACUUUGGUCCAAAAGCAAUUGAUCUAUCACCUUCGGAUUCUAAUUACACAAAGAAAGUAGGAGAUACACUUGGUAGUAUCGUGUGUUCGGCUGAUUGUAAUCCAGCAUGUAAUUUUUCAUGGUCAUAUCCUGAUGGCACAAAAGAAUAUAAUCCAUAUUUAUAUAUAUCUCCGUUACAAAAAAAUCAUGACGGAAUUUACAAUUGUAAAGGAUUCAAUGAUGUCGGCUUUAACGAAAACACGAUUGCGGUUACUGUUAAUUAUAGACCUGAUAAGAUAUUACUUUUCCCAUCCAUUACAAAUUACACAAAGAUAGAGGGUAGUUCAAUCAACGUAGAAUGUUCCGCUGUAUGUAAACCUGCAUGUGAUGUUGAGUGGACCUACCCAAAUGGAACAAAGCACAACAUUAAAAUUUUACAAAUUCAAUCAUUACAACAGACAGAUGAUGGAUAUUACACAUGCAGAGCAUAUAAUAUGCUCGGAUAUACAGAGUCAGUUAUUAUGGUAGCAAUAAACUAUGUCCCAAAAGCACUCUUACUAUCACCUUCAUAUUCCAAUUACACAAAGAAAGUAGGAGAUACACUUGGUAAUAUCGUGUGUUCAGCUGAUUGUAAUCCCGCAUGUAGUUUUACAUGGACAUAUCCUGAUGGCACAAAACACCGUAGUCCAUCUUUAUAUAUAAAUCCGUUACAAAAGAAGCACGAAGGAAUCUACAAGUGUAAAGCAUUCAAUGAUGUCGGAUUUGAAGAAGAAAGUAUAACAGUUACGAUAAAUUAUGAUCCAGGGAACAGCAUUUUCUUCUCGCCGUCAAGUACAAGUUAUGUAAAACUGGAAGGCGAUUCGUUAGAGGACAUUACAUGCUCGGCUAAUUGCAAACCGUCAUGUACUUUCGAAUGGACAUAUCCAGAUGGAACAAAGUACUCGGGUAGCACGUUAGGGAUUGGCCGACUAAAUAGGACACAUGCUGGUACAUAUAGAUGUAAAGGAUAUAACCUCAUCGGUUAUUCGGAGAAAACCAUUACGGUUGCAGUAAAUUAUCCACCAGAAGCAAUACGAUUGUCACCAACCAACACACCCUUUAUAGUUCGAGAAUUUACUACUGUUCAUGUGACAUGUGAAGCUGACUGUAGACCCAUUUGCAGUUACCAAUGGACUGGACAAAAUACCUGGACGUCAGCAAACAAACAGUUAACGCUUACAUCAAUAAGGAGAACUGCGACUGGUACUUAUAAAUGUAGAGCUCGGAACAUCAUAAAUUCUUACCGUUAUGCUGAAACGUCUGUAUCAAUAAUUGUACACACAUUACCUACGAAGGCAGCAAAGAUGACUGCAAUUUGCACUGGAUCUACAGCAGUUUCGAUUGCCUGGAUUGGUGAUAUGACCGUUUUUCCUAAGCAGAACUAUGAAUUGCAUUACAGAAUGAGUAGUAAACCAUCGAAAACUCUUAGUAUUUCUAAUUCUACAAAUCAACAAAACAUUUAUCUCAUACAUGUACAAAAUCUCAAUCCAUUGACAAAGUACAUGUUUAAAAUAGUAGCAAAUAACUAUUUAGGACAUGCUGAUUCGGAAGAGGUUAGCUGUACAACUCUUGCAUCUGAAGCGGAAGAUUCCGAAAUGAAUGGCGCUUUAAUUGGAGGAGUAAUUUUGAUAAGUCUUGCUGUGUUGAUGUUUGCUGUAAUGAUAACUUUGAUACUGAUGUACAGAUUUAGACGUAACACUGAAGGCACACAGAGUCAAAGUUGUAUUCACGAAUGUUUUACAAAAAUAUUUAGAUCAUCAAAGGAAAAUGAAUGCAUCUAUGAAAACACACAACCAACGUCUGAGUGUGGUAAUCCUGAUUCUGACGGUAAAAAAGACUUAAGGCUAGCAGAUAAAAACAAAAACGAGAACACCUAUGAACCUAUUCAAAGAGGAAAAUCUGACAGACAACAAUACACCACGAUACAAGUACCAGCUGCUAAAACUGCAGGCAAAAAAGACUCAGGGGUAGCAGCUAAAAUCAAAUGGUAA